AGGUUGGAAAGCCAAAAGCUUUGACGAAAAGCUCUUCGAAAUAGCAUUUAACGAUGUAGAAGUAUCGCUUUCGAUGGAGACUGCAGCGUCUGAGCUAAUGAAAGCUAUAACUACAGCAUGCGACAUAUCCAUGGAACGACAAGGUCGACACAAAACACGCAAGCCGGCGUAUUGGUGGAAUGACCACAUUGCGGCGCUGCGCGCACGGUGCAAUAGGGCUAGACGCAUAUGCGAACGCUCGCGUCAAGCAGAAAAUGCUAUACAGCUUAGCCCAGAUUCAGCAGAAAUUUGA